UAUGCUGGCUAUAAGAACUUGGCGUCCUGAGUUGCAUUGGUGAUCACACAAAAUCAACCAGAAUGGCAACGACAAUGCAUGGACACAGCGCGCCCAGGCUCUUCGGCAGGGAGAGAACGCUCCACGCGGCCCUGGGUGGUCGCAGAGCGGCGGACAUCAUCCUCUGGAGGGACAAGAAGGAGUCGGCGGCCAUCCUUGCCGCCGCGACGGCGGCGUGGGGACUGUUCGAGGUGGCGGAGUUCCAUUUCCUGACGCUGGUCUGCUACGCGGCCAUGAUCGGCAUGCUCGUCUUCUUCAUAUGGACCAACGCGUCCUCAUUCUUCAACCUGCCGGUUCCUCGAAUCCCUGAGACUCUCCUGUCGGAGAGAGCGACCAGGCAAGCGAUCCAAGACGGGCACAGAAGGCUAUCCAGGCUGGUCGAGACGCUCUACUACAUCGCUUGCGGCAAGGACAUCAAAAUGUUCAUCCUGACGGUGUUCUCCCUGUACAUCGCGUCGGUGAUCGCCGACUGCUUCAGCUCCCUGACGCUCCUCUACCUCGUGGUGUUGGGCACGAUGACGCUGCCGGCGCUGUACGAGCGAUACCACGACGAGGUGGACCACCUGGUGGCGCGAGGCGUGCACGACCUGCGGACCCACUUCGCGGACAUGGAUUCAGGUGUCCUCAGGAAGAUCCCGAGAGGGGCAGGAGCUGCGGCCAAGUGAUGAAUCGACCAGGGAAGGCCACGACUGGACUGGAUACACGGCGCCGUCUCUGAUGUGUAGACGAUCCAAUAACUGAAACUGAAUUAAGAACAGAUAUCACACUGAUCCUCUAGACCCUGAAGAACGGGUGCUUGCUAAUAGGGUCACUAAUAAGCACAACUCGUCUGUGCUCAAUGUAAUCGAGAUGCACAAAGAGUCGAGAACAUGAGCUGAAAGCUAAUGCCAUCCCCGCUUA